CCCCCCCCCUUCCCAGUGUACCCCACCCCUCCCAGUGUACCCCCCCCCCCUCCCAGUGUACCCCACCCCUCCCCCUGCCAAUAUGAGCGUGCAGCCGCGGAGGAUCCGUCUGAAGCCCUGGCUGCUGACCCAGGUGAACAGCGGCAGGUAUCCCGGUCUGCAGUGGAUCAGUCCAGACCACCGCCUCUUCCAGAUCCCCUGGAAACACGCCACACGCCACACGCAGGCCGCAGACGAGGAACACACCAUCUUCAAGGCGUGGGCCGUGGAGACGGGGAAGUACCAGGAUGGCGUGGAUGAACCCGACCCUGCCAAGUGGAAAGCUAACCUCCGCUGCGCUCUGAACAAAAGCCGAGAGUUUCAGCUGAAAUACGACGGCACCAAAGAAACACCGGUCCAGCCCUACAAGAUCUACGAGGUCUGUGAGCAGAGCGGGAACACAGACGGAGUGGAUGAGGAUGACGAGGAGAUGCCGAAUCUGAUGGAGCUCACAAUCAACCCCCGGCCCAGCGACCCCCCCUCCUUCAGCUUCGCGGCCCACACAGACGUCCGUCCCUUCAGUCUGUCCUCCGACGGGACGUUUGGUCCUGUGACCCCCGGCCUCCCUGUGACCCCUGACCUCCAGACUCAGGGUGGGGUGGGGGGGGGGCAGGGCUUCGUCUCUUUGCCCCCCCCGGCUGAGUCCGCCCCCCCUGGCCCCGCCCCCAUGGAGGCCAGCAGCAUGGAGGACGUCCAGAACCAAACACACUGCAAGUACGACCUGCUGAACAGCGUCCCGUUGACGGACCUGGAGCUGAAGUUCCUGUACCGCGGCCGGCCCAUGGGCUGCCUGACCGUCAGCAACCCCCAGGGCUGCCGGCUGUUCUUUGGGCUGCUGGAGCCGAGUCCGGACCAGGUGGACCUGCUCGGGCCCGUCAGCCUGCAGCAGGUCCGCUUCCCCGGCACCGCCGAGCUCCAGAACCACAAGCAGAAGUUCUACACGGACGCCCUGCUGGAUGUCAUGGAACGCGGCCUGAUCCUGGAGAUCUGGCAGCAGGACAUCUACGCCGUGCGCCUCUGCCAGUGCAAGGUGUUCUGGUCCGGCCCGGGGGUGUCCGAACACGGAGGCCCAAACCCCAUGGAGCGGGAGAAGAAGAUCAAAGUGUUCAGCCUCAACGACUUCCUGCAAGGGCUGAUCCUGUUCCACCGAGGGGAAGCUGAGAGCCCCCCCCCCUUCGACAUCUUCUUCUGCUUCGGAGAGGAUUGGCCCGACAGGAAACCCAAAGAGAAGAAGCUCAUCAUCGUGCAGGUGGUGCCGGUGGUGGCCCGGAUCCUGACAGAGAUGUUCUCGGGAGAGCUGAGCUGGUCCACCGACAGCAUCCGUCUGCAGAUCUCGAACCCCGACGUCAAAGACCAGACCGUGGAGCAGUUCAAGGAGCUGCAGAGGCUGCUGCAGAACCAGCACAUCCAGGGGCCCUGGGCCCCCACUGGGCCCUGAACGCACCACCCAGGGGCCCUGAACACACCAUCCAGGGGCCCUGGGCCCCCGCCGGUCCCUGAACGCACUAUCCUGGGGCCCUGAACACACCAUCCUGGGGCCCUGAACACACCAUCCAGGGGCCCUGUGCCCCCCGCCGGUCCCUGAACACUCACC